UAGAAGCUAGAAUCCCAAUCUCUCUCUCUCUCUCUCUCUCUCUCCCUAUAUAGACACUAUAUAAACUAUAAAGGGAAGGCUUUUAACCAUUCAAAACCCAAACACAAAGACACAACCCUAGUGCUUCAGUGUUCCUCCCCCCAGCCCAAGAAACAGCGAAAACCCCUUUUUAUGUCCACUCCGGUAUAAGUGGAUAAAACCCGCAUAUAUAGAGGGGGAAAUCAAUCGACCGAUUAAUGGGAAGAUCACCGUGCUGUGAGAAGGCACACACCAACAAAGGGGCUUGGACGAAGGAAGAAGACGAGAGACUGGUAUCUUACAUACAAGCCCACGGCGAAGGCUGCUGGAGAUCACUUCCAAAAGCCGCCGGCCUCCUCCGCUGCGGCAAAAGCUGCCGCCUCCGGUGGAUCAAUUACCUCAGGCCCGACCUCAAGAGAGGCAAAUUCUCCGACGAAGAAGACGAACUCAUCAUCAAGCUCCACAGCCUCCUCGGCAACAAGUGGUCGCUCAUAGCGGGAAGAUUACCAGGAAGAACUGAUAACGAGAUAAAGAAUUAUUGGAACACCCACAUAAGAAGAAAGCUCCUUAGCAGAGGCAUCGAUCCAGCCACUCACAGACCUCUCCAUGAAUCAGCUUCUCAAGAUCCGAAACCAACCCAAGAUUCUACCGACAAAAACACCAUAAUCUCCUUCUCUUCUUCUCCUCAGAAGCCAGAGGAAAACCCAAAGGGUUUGGCGAUCACGUGCAAAGAGGGUAAGCUUGAUCAAGAAACUUCCCCAGGCUUGGACCUCGAGCUCAGCAUUAGUCUUCCCGACCAUUCUCGUCAUCAAGGCUCAAAAAACGGAGGAAAUGAUGAGAGGAGAACGACGCGCUGUUUCGCUUGCAGCUUGGGGGUAACCACAAACGGCACGAUGUGCGGCUGCGGGAGAGCGAGAUGCGAAGUAUUCGGAGCCGGGAACAGCAGCGGUGGCGGCAGCAACGAUGUCAUCGUUAGCCCCGGAUACGAUUUUUUAGGUCUCGCCAACAAUAGGAGUAGUAUUUUGGAUUUCAGGACCUUGGAAAUGAAGUAACUGAAUCAAUGUGGUUUUUUGUGUAGAGAAAUUUGAUUAACGUGGUUUAGGGUUUAGAGAAAUUUGAUUAACGUAGAAAUUGUAACUAGUGAGCGGGAUUGCGCACAAUUUAUAUAUAUUCAUAAUCUGAGUUUGGAAAUGCUGCCAAACCCUUUUCAGAUCA